GAUCCAGAACCUCGUCGCCUUGUCUUGUCUCUCACCUAUCACCCAUCAUUGCAUCACCAACUCAGAGUCAAAACUACCCUCAUCCACUUUGGACACCUGCGAACAUACUGCGACCACAAUCAGAUUAAUUACAACAGCUUAAUUCAAGAUGUCCGAGCGAAAAGUUCUCACCAAAUAUUACCCACCCGAUUUCGAUCCUUCGAAGAUUGUUAAGUCGCGCGCUCCCAAACAAGUUGGCCCAAAAGUGCAGACAGUUCGUUUAAUGGCGCCAUUUCCCAUGAAAUGUACUGCUUGUGGAGAAUACAUUUACAAAGGGCGAAAGUUCAACGCGCGCAAAGAAACUACGGAGGAAAAAUACUUGGCCAUCUCAAUUUAUAGGUUUUACAUCAAAUGUACAAGAUGUUCUGGCGAGAUUACUUUCAAGACAGAUCCAAAAAACAUGGAUUAUCAGUGUGAGCGUGGCGCGAAAAGAAAUACCGAACCAUGGCGUGUUAAUGGAGGUGGCCUUCAAGAAAGUGAUGAGGAGAGACUAGAUCGUCUGGAAAGGGAAGAACAAGAGCGAGAUGCGAUGCAAGAAUUGGAGGAUAAAACAGCAGAAGCAAAAACGGAAAUGGCUGUCGCCGAUGCAUUGGAUGAAAUUCGCACAAGAAACGCAAGGAAUGAACGGGUCGGAAAGGAUGGAACUGAAGUCACUGUGACGCGAGAAAAUGUUGACUCGGAACGAGAAAGACAGGAAAGAGAAGAUGAAGAGGCGGCUCGAAGGGCUUUCAUGAGGAGACAGGAGGCUAUGGAAGAGAUUAUAGAGGAUGAUGCUGAUGAUGUCGGUGCAGGACCAGCACCAAAGAUUACCAAAGAGGAGGCAUUAACAAUGCCACCUCCCAGCUUUAGACGAGUGGUAAAAAAGAAAAAAGACCAUGGUGCUGCAUUGGGGAUCAAGAAGAAACCUUCCCUGGUUUGAAUGGAUUCAUCAGCCGUGACGGCAGGAUAUGAAUCAUACGAUAUCAUAUUGAUAUACGAGGAGAUUGGUAGGGGGAAUUGUUAUGCUGGUACAUGAUCAUGUUUGUAAAAUCAAAUACCAUUCGUUCAAAAGCCACUGGAAAUGUCGAAAGUGUGUAGACUAACUAAACACAGAUUGUCUACGACUUCACGGCUGCUCCCGUGAAUCCGUCUUACGCUUUGAUGAUCAUAUUGCAUGAAUAUAGUGCAUGUUUCAGGGACA